AUGGCCGAUGCCGCUCGAUGUGGAGCCCGAUGCUCUCCGCCGACGUCGUCGAUGCAUCGCCGAUGCAUUGGCGAUUCGGCGCGAUUCCUCGACCCCAUCUACUCGGACCUGCCUCGGUGUAGCAGUCCUGCAACGUGGCCCAGCUCGCUGCCCUACCUCCGCCCAUGCCCACCAGGGGCGGCCGCUGCCGCGGGCGGCCCCCCGGCGGCGCCUGCGGCGGUGCCCGCGGCGUGCCCAGAAGGCACCUCCCCGGAGGAGUUCGAGGCCUACCGGCGGAAGUGCUGGGAGCAGUACUUCGAGUACACGGCGGCCUGCCAGAAGUACUAUCCGCGGGGCCGGCCGCCGCUCGGCCAAGGGGCGGGGCAAGGGCCCCGCGCCCCGCCCGCCGCCGCCGAGCUUCGCGGCGCCUGGCCCCGGGGAGAUGUUCGGCGGCGCCCGCGGGGAGCGCCGCCGGCAGGCGCAGGCCGAGGCGGGGCAGAGCCGCUUCGGCGAGCAUCCGUGGACGGCUCAGGCCACCGCGGGGCAGCUCGUGCCGGCGAGGGUCAGGCCGUGGCUCCGCGCUCAGCGCGCGGGCCCACGGAGGAGGACGCCAUGGUAGAGCCAGACAGAGACGGGUAG